AUGACCAAAGAUGAGAAUUUCUGCCGAGUGGCUUUGCUAUCCCGUCGUCCUCUCCGACAGUUGGACUUGGGCGACAUGGACUGGCCUGACCGAUAUGUUGCUGGCAUCAUCGAAUUACAGAACGGUGAUCAGUUUCAAAAGGUCAUUUUUAUUUGCAUUUAUGGUCAUGCUGGUGACACUGUGACUGCAAGGGCGCAUGCCCAGCAAAUUGUACAGCGGGUAGGGCAUUUUGCUCUACCAUGGGUCAUUGUUGGUGACUUCAAUCUUCAGAUGCAAGACUUGUCCAUGAUUUUGGCCAAUGGCUGGGCUCACUCGUUGGAUGAACCCUUUGAAGCCACUGGUCCUCUUCCUCCCACUUGCACUGGACAACGACGCAUUGACUUUGGCCUGGCCCAUCGUAUGCAUGCCACUUCUGUGCAGCAUUCCCCUGGAGUUGCUGACCACAGCUUGGUAACAUAUUCUUUUCCGCUGGAUCACACGCAGAGCUUUGUUGCGCCGAAGAGGGCAACGGUGGAUGUUGCAACCGCAGCCGAAGUUGCAGAGCGCUGGCAUUUGAAUGAUUUGAGUUCUUUCCAUUUUGCCUUGGAACGUGCUGAUGUCGAUGCUGCAUGGAGUGCUCUUUCCAAUAGCGCCGAGCGCGCGCUGUGUUCUUCUUUGGAUGGUUGCCGACCACGUGCUGAUGCGUGGGACCCUCGAGAUACAGGUGUACCUCACAAGGCUAUUGCUUGGAAGGAAUCGUUGGUCUUGCGUCAACUUCGUCGUCUCCAGAGGCGUGUGGUGCAGUUGACAAAGCAGUUGGAUGACAGACGCUUGAGGAGCGCCAUUAUUCGUGGUGCACAGCAUGUGCGUGCUUUGUUUCCUUGCCUUGACCUGGAUUUUUUGCAGAGCAAUUUGACUGAGGACCAGUUUCAAAUCAGGUUGAGCAGAUUGGUUGAGGACCUGGCGCACCUCAUCAACACAAGGGAAGGUUCUGAGCAGCAAGCUCGCUUGGUGUCAUGGCGGACUAAAAUGGUCAGCGAUCCAGUUGCUCAUCGGCGGUGGAUUAAACACCGAGCCCACUUGAAGGUCAUGUGGGAGCAGAUGGGUCCUGUUGCUUGUACUCUGGCCAUAACGGGCGUGGAGCUUGUGCGUGCUGCAAAAACGAUGGUUGGCAAAGCGUGCGGCCCUGACAGUUGGCGUGUUGAAGAUCUUCUUCUUUUGCCCAUGGAGUGGUGGAUUGGUGCGAAGGCCUUGGUGAAACAAUUGAGACUUUGUGGGGUUGCCCAUGUUUCAUUCGCUGGCCUAGUCGCCCGCCAGAUCCGCUGGCUGCACGACUGGGGUGGACAUGGCCUCUUGAUCUUUCAAUGGCCAUCCAUUGGCUGCUCGAUUGGGGUGGACAUGGAUGCACUCUUCAUUGUCGUGUGUGUGUGGAAGAACGAUGGAGUGGAGAUCAUUGCCAACGACCAUGGCAACCGAACCACGGAUUUCACGUGUAUCACUCCGGAGCAGCGCCAGUGGGAAACCGCCUGCAAGGCGGAGUUGCAGUGUUGGUCCGUAAGAACAUUCCAUGUCGACUUGCGUGGUCUCACUCCUGUGCAGGAGGACAAAGCAGCCCUUGCGUGGUUGCGUCGAAAACCUCAGUUGACUCAUGUCAAUGUUACAGCAGAUGACACAGGCCCUGCGUCCAUGUCGGUACAAGAUGCCAUUGCCAACGCCAUUCUGAUCAAAUCCUCCAAGGAUGCCCUUGCUGUGGUUUGCCAGCUGCAGAAGCCCACCGCUGAUGCCAUCAGCAGGCCCCCAUGCACAGCAGCCCAAGCACCACGGCUGAUGCCAGCAGGCCCACCGCUGAUGCCAGCAGGUGCCAUCAUGGAUAGCAAAGCUGACUCGAGCAUGACAUUUGGAACAAAACAAGUGCAGAAAGUAUUGCCGUUGCUUCGCACCGUGGUGCACCUGCCACAUCGCGACAUCCGCAUGACCUUGGCUAUGAGUGCAGACAAUCAUGAAGCCGAACGCCAUCGCCUUCGCGAUGCAUUGCGAGACCACUGGCGGGCCACUUCAGCCCCUUUGCGGCCAUGCCUGACUGGUGCCAGUGCAGGCAUUGAUCGAGAUCGGUCCCUGGCGCCUGUCCGCCAAAGCCAGACGUUUAAUGAUGGUGUUUUAAGUGGCAGCUCCCUGGCGCGCUUUUCCUUUGGUUCAGUCCAGCCAGUGUCCAAACCUUUGCUGCCAGGCUCCCUUCGAGCUCCGCGAGCAACUCCAGCCAAGGAUCUCGCCGAUUCUUUGCCAGAAGUUCCUCCCACCGUGCCUGACUCACCAGAUGGAGAAGAUGGCAAAACAAACACCCAAAUGGCCUCUCAGGCAGAGCACAAUGAAAUGGAGCUUGACAAAGAGAAAAAGCGGAAAAGCGAUGAAGCUUCCUCCGAAACGCAUGCCGCAAAAUUGUCCAAAAAGCAGCAGCCUUUUGAACUGGUGGAGUGCGGGGGGGGCGGUGCUUGUGGCUUCAACUCCAUUGCUGUUGGCAUGGCCUUAAACCAUGGCAAAGACAGGAGAAAAACCCUCCAGGAGGCAGCCAGUCUUGGAGCCCAACUCCGUGUGCUUCUGAAUACCUACCUUGAAAACAAAGGUUGGUUUGCCAGACACUUCGUUCCGAACCAGGGCACAGAAGUCAUAUGUGGUGGCCCCAUUCCGGCCACCUGGUCAGAAUACGUUGAAGCAGUCCUUCGCCCAACCUUCUGGUGCGACGCGCUGUGUUUGCUUGGAUUGGCCAGACGUUUAAAGCAAAAGUUUAUUGUGGUCAUGUACAAUCCGACAACUGCACAAUGGGAAAAACGAGCAGUUUUGGGUAAUUCAAAAAAUAUCAUCGUGCUCGCUUUGCAAGACAAUCACUACAGGUUGGUGCUUCCCACAAAUGAUCACCCUCUGCCAGAGGAAUGGAUCAGUGCCCCUGAGGAUCUGGACCUUGGUUGCAUAGAUCUCACCGGAGGAUUGUAUAAACGAAAAAGCAAGCACCUCAAGCUUGUCCAUGGGGCACCUGUGACCCCUGCGCCCAAGCAAGAUGCUGUUGCCAUUGCCAAUCAAGUGCAAAGUCGCGUGCAGCAACAAAUUCGCACAUAUUCUGAAAGCAUCCCAUGGCUUAUCAAGCAAAAAUGGAAAUUUGCUCAUAGAAUGGCCGGUAAGCCUGCAUGGGUUGCGAGCACCAAGUAUGGUCGGGACAAACUACUUGUUGACACAUGUCUCGACUGCCAAAAGAAGUUCCGCCUGCAUGACAUUUUUGACUAUUUGUGUCCUGGCGUUUCCCAAAAUGGCAAGUCUCUAUAUGCUGAAAAGAAGAAAUUGCGCCCUUCCAUUCCAGAACGCAAGCGCAAGUUCAAAGAACAGCGCGACAAAUUGCGCAAAUCAGCGCCCAGUGCCAUGCGAGCGGCCCAAAUCGCUCGCAAAGACGGAUGCAAAAAGCCAAAACACUGGACGAGUGUCAAUGCCUGGAAGGUGCAGAGCCAACAGUUGGGUGAAGUGUACGUCCCGGCUUACAGGCGCUCUGACCGUGUCACUGCGAACGAGCAAUUUAUCCCUGUCAAGCAAGCCGAAGGACGACGUGGCCAAGGUCAAAGUCAUCUCGAGCGAGAAAUCCGGCGUGUGAUACGAAUUGCAUGCGUGGUGGUCAAACCUUUGGCUCACCACUUCUCAGCAAAAAGAAACAAUGCUGUGUGCAAGCCUGCACGAAGUUUGGAUGCGGGGUGUGUGGCCCGUGAGCCGGUUCGGUGUCAGGUUUUGCCACAAGGUCAAAUAGUCCAACCCGAGAGUUCACGUAACCCCCUCAUUGUCAAGCAGUGGAAAGAGGUUACCGAUAUCACAGCACGCAUGAGCUUCACCACGGAGGCCACCAUGAAAGCUGAGAGGGCCAGAAUCCUUUGGCUGCUCGAUUGGGGUGGACAUGGCCUCUGGAUAUUUCAGAUGCACUCUUCAUUGCCGCGUGUGUGGAAGAACGACGGUGUGGAGAUCAUCGCCAACGACCAGGGCAAUCUAUUGCUGGUUUUUUCAGUUCUGCACAGUCUGCAGUUGGACUAUGCACUCUGUGGAGAUCAAACAUUUGAUUUCCUUCCGCGCUCGAGUUGCCAUAAUGAGACCGCUGGAGACAGCCUUGCCGGUGGCGCAGCUCGCUCCGUUUUUCAUCGCCGAAAAAAGGACCAGACACAACCUGGUGACUUGAAGAUGCAGAAUGAUGUCACUAGGAAUUUGAUUUCAACAUUAAAGGGCUGCCUUAAUCAAGGCAUGUCCCUGCAGCAGAUUUUGAAAGCUGCCGAAGCUUGGGUGGAGAAACCGUCCAAACUGAAACAAAAGCCAAAACCCAAACGUGCGAAGGGGCGCACCAAGACGCCACACAGCACGGACGACCCGGACAUUGGCUAUUGGAAAGAUCAGAAUGGACAGUGGCGCCAUAUCGACUGGAUAAGAAUGGUUGGUGGUACUGGUGUGAUGCCCAAAUUCCAGACCAGCACCGAUACCCUAGUUGGAAAGGAUAUCCUUCUGGUUGCAUCCCACGAAACGGUGUCUGACGCCAGGUUGACGCGCCUCACCCUUCAGAGAUGCACCUGGGGAUCCAAGCUUGAAAAUGUUCUGCGGAUUGGCAGUCAGCCGGGGCCCUGGAUCCCUCAAGCCACGUCCGUGGCCAAAGACAAGGUAGGGCUUGUACUUGUACUGCCUGCUACCGCACCGCCUUCCGAGGAAACCUCCCAAAAGGUCAGUGUCGAGGUGUUGGAGGUUUGCCCUGACCGGGGAUUUUGUAGCAAGGUUAGGCUGCACCGCAGCAUAGCGCAGACCCCCAAAUCCCAUCUCGAGCGUGCUCAUCCCAUUGACCUUCACAAGGCUAUUGAAGUGAACGAAGAGCAUUCUGCCAGCGGCCAGAAAGUUCAUACUUUGGGUCUGCGGCAAUUUCAGAAGGAUUUUGUUGCCAACAACCUCAAGCGCUACAAAGGUGACGCAAUGAUCAAACAGACGGGGAACUGGACCCUUUUUCAAAGCCGGAGGAGGGAAACGUUUGUGAAGUCAGCAGUCAAACGAGCCAUGCGCCGUGCAAAUGGAUGGAAGAAGACCCUUCAAGCCACUGAGACCGACGAUGUCACUGCGCGGAUUUUGAAGAAGAGUGAGCGAGCUAGAGUGAAGAAGAGUGCAUUGAAACUCUUGCGCCCGCGCAGGGGUUGCCUGACCUGCCUGGUGGCGCCAAAUUCCCUUGGCAAAAGGUCCAGCACAGUUGUCACUUUGGCCAAGAACAUUUUGAAUUCUUUGCUCAUUGGUUCCUACACGAUCAGUGAAGGGGCGGCGUUGUCGGUCAGUGUGAACAACCUGUUGGUCACCAACGUGUAUUCGAGUCGUUUCCUGCGUGUCCUGUUUCUAGAUCUUGCUUGUGGAGAAAAACCUCUAACAGACUGGGCAAAGCGUUUGAGCUUCUUCGGCUUCACGACCCUGGCAGGUCUGACACCGGAGACCAUCAAAGAGGUUCGCAUUGUCUAUGUUCCCAAGGACAAUGAGCAGCCCACCUGUGUUUUGCCGCCUCUUCUGAACAGCUGGGCUCGGCGUUUGGCGCAUCGGGGUAUUACCCCAGAGAACCAAAGCACGGAGCAAGCUCAGAGACCCGCAAACCAUGCAAAACUGGCUACAUCGGUGGACUUCAAGGGGGCUCCCUUUGUGGUAUUUACCCCGGAGAACCAAAGCACGGAGCAAGCUCAGAGACCCGCAAGCCAUGCAAAACUGGCUGCAUCGGUGGACUUCAAGGGGACCCCCUUUGUGGAUGGAAUCUUUGAGGUGAAGGCCACCGCUGGUGACACCCACUUGGGUGGUGAAGACUUCGACAACCGAGUUGUGGAUUUCUGCAUGCAGGACUUCAAGCGAAAGAAUCGUGGCAAGGCAACCAUUGAAAUCGAUUCCUUGUUCGAGGGCAUCGAUUACUCGUGCAGCUUAUCCAGGGCACGAUUUGAGGAGCUGUGCAUGGACUACUUCCGCAACUCCAUGGGUCCUGUGGAGAAGUGCUUGAAGGAUUCUGGCAUCGACAAGAAGAGUGUCCAUGAUGUGGUUCUGGUGGGUGGUUCCACCCGUAUUCCCAAGGUGCAGUCUAUGAUCCAGGAGUUCUUCAAUGGCAAAGAGCCCAACAAGUCCAUCAACCCAGAUGAGGCCGUGGCUUAUGGUGCCGCUGUGCAGGCUGCAAUUCUCACUGGUGAGGGCUCUGCUGGUGGCGUGAUGACCAAGUUGAUCGAGCGCAACACCACCAUCCCAACCAAGAAGGCACAGACGUUCACUACCUAUGCGGACAACCAGCCUGGUGUCUUGAUCCAGGUCUUUGAGGGAGAGCGUGCCAUGACCAAGGACAACAACUUGCUUGGCAAGUUCCACUUGGAUGGCAUUCCCCCAGCCCCUCGUGGCGUGCCGCAGAUCGAGGUCACCUAUGACAUUGAUGCCAAUGGCAUUUUGAAUGUCAGUGCCUCUGACAAGUCCACCGGAAAAUCGAACCAGAUUACCAUCACCAACGAAAAGGGCCGACUGUCGCAGUCAGAAAUUGACCGCAUGAGGACUCCAGAAAUCCGGUACUACAUGGCAUCACAGCCAGUGACCAAGCUGUGCAAAGGUUGCGUCGGUGUGUGGAAGAACGACGGAGUGGAGAUCAUUGCCAACGACCAGGGCAACCGAACCACUCCAUCUUAUGUGGCUUUUACAGACACCGAGCGACUUAUUGGUGAUGCCGCCAAGAAUCAGGUGGCACGCAAUCCUGAGAACACUGUCUUUGAUGCAAAGCGCUUGAUUGGCCGCAAGUUUGCGGACCCCAUCGUGCAGGCUGACAUCAAGCUGUGGCCUUUCAAGUGCGUAGCUGGCCAGGGUGACAAGCCCAUGAUCAUCGUCAACGCUCAAGGGGAGGAGAAGAAGUUCCACCCUGAAGAGAUCUCUUCCAUGAUUUUGUUGAAGAUGAAGGAGACCGCUGAGGCAUACUUGGGUACCAAGGUGAAUGACGCAGUGGUUACUCCGACGUGGUGUCAUGGUGGCAAGUGGCAUGACGAGGGCGCACCUCGUUCUAUCAAUGAUUUGGUCCUUGCGAACUCCUUAGCUCUCAACAUGGUGGAGUCCUUUGAGCACAAAACUGAUUGGAACAAGGCAUUGCAGCCUUGCCGUUUGGGUGAACCGCGACCUGACCAUGUUCCUCUGCACGUUGUGUUGGCUUCUUCACAUAUGGUGGAUGCAAAGGUUUCCAUUUUGCCUCUGGCCCAAGCCAGCCCUCCAGUGGAUCAGUGGCCGGCCAUGCCUUUGGGUGAUGAGAACGCGUUGUCUGCCGAGGUAUGGUCUCAGUUUUCCAGUAUUUUUCAGCAGCAGCUAGUUUCAGAUGUGGAUGACGCCUAUUCUACAUGGUGUCAAGCAGCUACAGCAUACCUUGGCCGCCGGCUUGGCCGUUCUUUCCCUCCUCGGGGGCAACUCGCAAAGCCACAGCUUGUGCCAGCUAUGGGCACAUGCAGCUACAAAGGUCCUGCGGAACCACACAGGCUCCGUCAAGGGCGUCGUGCAGCGCGGUGCCUGCGCGAAUGUUUGACUCUGAUGUGCAGGGCUGCCACCACACCGUGGUCUAUUGCGGACCGUAUCCGCUUUGAAGCAACUUGGGAACGCAGCAGAACCUUGGGGGGACGCCUCCUACAACAUGCUUGGCCGGAACAGCCCACUGCAGUUGAUAUCCAGGAAGCCUUGGGUCAACUUGAGAUGGAAAUCGAUGCACAGCUUCAUGAUAUUAUUUCUACGCGACAACAACAGUGGCGACAUAUGGUGCAUGACUCUGACAUUGCUUCCUCCAAGGGUUUGUUUGAUCUCUUGCGGCCGUCUCGCGCUCUUGGUUUGCAAUCAGUGCAGGUGAAUGGUGCUCCUUGUUUUGAUCUCAAUGUGAUACUGGAUAAAGUACAGGAAGCAUGGGCUCACAUUUUUGACCGGUCUUCCGCCCCGGCCCCUGCGGCCUUCCUGCAGGAAUAUGCAGCUGAGAUCCGUGCUCGUGCAGCGCCCUGUGAGUUGCCUUCUCUCACCGGCGCUGACCUGAUGCGACAGGCAAAGCAACGUUCUGGAAGUGCGGUAGGUGGUUUGGACAGUUGGCGAACCUAUGAGCUUCAACAACUUCCCAUUGUUUUCUGGGAUGCAAUGGCAACACUCCUGCAGUCUAUUGAAGCCUCAGGUGUGUGGCCACAGUCUAUGCUUCAUGUGAAUGUGACCAUGCUUAGCAAAGGGGAGGGCACUGAACCGGGCAAGCUGCGCCCGAUCAGUUGUGCGGCCGUGUUGCGUGCCGUUUGGGCCAGUCUGCGUUUUCGACAGAUCAAACCGUGGCUUCAGAGGGUUUGUCCUCCUUCCGUUUUUGGGGAGCCGCUUGAACAAGCUCUGGAAAUGUCCUUGGCCCAUGAAGAAGCACUCCUGGGAUUAGCCCCGGCUCUAAGCACAAUGUUUUUCGACAAGACCAAAUGUUUCGACAAAUUGGUUCUUCCGGUUGUGUCCAGCGUAUGGUCUGCAUUGGGAGGCCCCCCAGGGGUUAUCCUGGCUCUCGAAGGUUUCUAUGGCUCCUUGACCCGCAGGUUCAAGAUCAAUGGUGUUGUUGGUGCAGCAUGGCAGUCCAGUGCUCCUCUCCAAGGUUGUGCCCUCUCAGUAGCGAUGAUUCAUUUGCUCAUGGGUAUUUGGUGUCAGCGUAACGAGUCCCUGGGUCUUCGCCCGCGGGCAUACUUUGACGACAGCAGAGUCAGUUUCUCUGCGUCAGAUGGUCAGGCGGCUACCAUAGCUUGGCAAGAGGUGCAACGAUUUGAUGAGGUCAGCGGUCAACUCACCAAUACUCGUAAAUCUUUUGCAGUGGUGCCAGCACCACGUUUUGCUCCACAAGUGGCUGCAGCCACCGGCAAUGCUUUAGAGGUGAAGGCGCAAGCCAAAGUUCUUGGACAUCAAACAGUUGGUGGCAAACUCAGGAGGGUUGCGGUAUCUCAUGACCGUGCUGACUCUUGUGCGGCUACCUUGCAGACAGUACGUGCCACUGGCAUUCCGCCUCGCCAAGCAGAAAGGUACAUUGCAGCUAAGGCUAUGAAGCAGUUUCUCUAUGGAUGUGAAAUUGGUCGGCCUGGUGCCAAUGACAUGCAGCAGGUUCGUUGGGCAGUCACUGCAGCAUUGUGGACUUCUACUAGACUUCAACGCAACCCAGAAGUUCUUGUCACGCUCCUGCGAAAGGGUCAUUUGGUCGACCCCCUCCAAGCAGUGCCCUUUCAGACCGUGCUUGGCCUUCGUCGACUCUUUCUGAAGCGGCCUGACCUGUAUGCCCGCGCUUUGCAGAUCUGGCCUAGUUGUAUCUCAGGCCAGGCUCACCUGGCAGGACCACUGCGCAAUUUGGCAACACUUUUGGCUGACAUGCAGCUCACUUGGAUUGAUUUUGAAACUGUUGAGACCCGACAAGGUCGUCGGUUUUGCUUGUGGAAGUGCAGUGGCGCUUUCCUUGCUCACAGGCUCCGUGAGGAGCUCAAAUGGAGCAGGUGGCAGCAUGUCCACCGUAAAGAUAUGGAAGGCAUCCAAGCAGAACGGGGAGUGAACCUUUUUGCUUCAACCUUUUUGUUGCGUGGUGGUCUUUCUCGCCGCGAUGUGGACAGCCUUUUUCCUGGAUGCCGCCAACAGGUGGCUCGCUUAUGUGGUGGUUCGCUCUCCAUGUACAUGCAUGGUCUGUUGGAAGGUAUCCUUGCCGGCGCAGCUGUGGCACGGGUUCAGCUAGAGAAAAUGCACAAGGUUCCUAGCGCGACUUGCAUUCACUGCUCUUUGAACGUUGAUGAAACCAAAGUACACAUGUUUUGGGAGUGCCCUGCUCGGCAGUUUAUCCGGGAUGCCACCAUCGGCAAGUUUUGCCCCGGUGUAUUGGACAGGCACCCCUUGCCAGUAGAGCAGGAGUGUGGGAUCACCUUAAACCCUGAGUGGCUGCUGGAAGAGUUCUUGGCUUUGGAGAGCAUGCAACAACAAUCUCCUCCCAGUAUUUCUUGGGAAGAGGCGGCGCCGCAAGUCCUUCAGGAUGACCGCGGAGUUUUGGUGUGGACUGAUGGCAGUACCGCUCAUGGUGCCAUCCCGGAGUUGGUACGCAGCGGUUUGGGUAUAUACUACAAUGACAGUGUCGCUUUAAAUUUUCAUGCUGCCUUGGCUGGUCCCCUGCAAACCAACAACCGUGCAGAGCUUUUGGCAGUUGUGCUUGCAGCAGAACAGGGCGUUGGGUGGAAGCAAUCCUUGGUCAUUCACAGUGACUCUGCUUGGGUCCUCAACAGAGCACGUACUCUUAGUGGUAUCCAGCACAUCCCACUCACCUGGGAACACUCUGACUUGUGGCAGCGCUUGUGGCGUGCAUGCAACGACAUUGACAUCACCUUCGUUUUUGUCCCGUCGCAUUUGACUGCCGCGGAUGCGGAACAAUAUGGCUUGACUCCUUUAGUGAUACAGGGCAACAAUGAAGCUGACAAACUGGCUAAACGUGGGGAGCAACUCCAUCAUCACCCCACUUGGCAUGGUCGCAUUCGACAGUUUGGGCAACUUUUGCGCGAUACCGUGUGGUUACAGGUUUGCAUGAUGUUUGUUUGCUUGGCUCGCAAUCAUACAGAGGUACAGGGGUCUGCUGCCAACACCUCUCCUGCCCCACUGCCCAUGAACCACGGUUGGUUGCAAUUGAAAGAACGUUUACAUCGCGAACUACAACUCCAUCCUACAGGUGGUCGGCGAUUUUGCCACAAACGGCCCCCUGUGGGCCUUGAUGGCGAAGCUGUCCUUGAGGUAGAAGCUCCACAGUCUGCUGCAGCCAGCUCUCGCCAACGGCCUGUAGCCGUACACGCUGUGCGCCAUCCGCCUCGGCUUGGCCCAGCAGUGAGCAUGGAAUGGCAACUGGUGCCUAAGCCAUGGCUCCUUGUCCAACGUGCUCCUGGUCAACAUCGCCGUGUUGGCAAUGAUGGUAUGUUCAUUCAGAUUGGUGUCAAGCCAUCCUUGUUGCCUGCCAUGGAGUGGUAUCUGGGCCACCUCCAGUGGCCAGAAGAAGGUCGCAGCCAGGCCAUCACCUUUUGUGAACUUGCAAUUGACUUUGAGAUCGCGACAGGGGUUCUUCUGGAGAUGCCAAAGGCUGACAAGGCCAACCAACUUGGCCAGCGUGCAAGGGCUUUUGCAUCAGCUGCUUCAGCUAUUGGCCGCUACGUUGAGCGUCGCCCUUGGCCAUGUGGCAUUACUUCUCAAACGGUCAACAACCUGCAGAACACGUGGGGUCUCCCUCGUUGCGCUGGUCUCCCAUGGAGACCCCUAUUGCUUCAUCCUGAUGCUGUGGAAACCUUUUUCAAUGCUGCUGGUAAUGUGAUCUAUGCUUCAGAUGCGGAUUUCUUUAACCAAGAACCUCCUCUUUUGGUCCCAUCCCGUGAGUCUUUUUGGGAUGAGCAGGUGCGGCGAGUGCCAAUUUAUGUGCGCCGCGAAGAGCGUCGAGGUCAUGAACAUGUGCCGCAACUGCAAUGGUGUAUACAAGGCGACGCCUCCUCAGAGGCUGUUUCAGUUUCCACCAAACUCUCCAAAAAGGUCACCGAUUGGAUGAAAAAGCAAACGAAGGUGGCGGAGCAUAAUCGCACUGCUGCAGAACGGAAAAGACACUGGAUCGUGCUCCCUGAGCCACCUGACCCUUCCUUGUCUGGUGAUCAGUACGCACAGCUUGUGCAAGGUUUGAAGGCCACCAAGGAUGCAGGCACCAUUUCAGGCAUGAACGUGCUGCGCAUCAUCAACGAGCCUACUGCUGCUGCCAUCGCUUAUGGCCUUGACAAGAAAGGCACCGGAGAACGAAAUGUGUUGAUCUACGACAUGGGUGGAGGCACUUUCGAUGUGUCUUUGUUGACCAUUGAGGAUGGAAUCUUUGAGGUGAAGGCCACCGCUGGUGAUACCCACUUGGGUGGUGAAGACUUCGACAACCGAGUUGUGGAUUUCUGCAUGCAGGACUUCAAGCGAAAGAAUCGUGGCAAGGACAUGACAGGCAACCAGCGUGCCAUCCGACGCUUGCGCACUCAGUGCGAGCGCGCCAAGCGCACUUUGUCUUCUUCGACACAGGCAACCAUUGAAAUCGAUUCCUUGUUCGAGGGCAUCGAUUACUCGUGCAGCUUAUCCAGGGCACGAUUUGAGGAGCUGUGCAUGGACUACUUCCGCAACUCCAUGGGUCCUGUGGAGAAGUGCUUGAAGGAUUCUGGCAUCGACAAGAAGAGUGUCCAUGAUGUGGUUCUGGUGGGUGGUUCCACCCGUAUUCCCAAGGUGCAGUCUAUGAUCCAGGAGUUCUUCAAUGGCAAAGAGCCCAACAAGUCCAUCAACCCAGAUGAGGCCGUGGCUUAUGGUGCCGCUGUGCAGGCUGCAAUUCUCACUGGUGAGGGCUCCUCUGCAGUCCAGGAUUUGUUGCUGUUGGAUGUGACUCCCCUGUCCAUGGGCCUGGAGACUGCUGGUGGCGUGAUGACCAAGUUGAUCGAGCGCAACACCACCAUCCCAACCAAGAAGGCACAGACGUUCACUACCUAUGCAGACAACCAGCCUGGUGUCUUGAUUCAGGUCUUUGAGGGAGAGCGUGCCAUGACCAAGGACAACAACUUGCUUGGCAAGUUCCACUUGGAUGGCAUUCCCCCAGCCCCUCGUGGCGUGCCGCAGAUCGAGGUCACCUAUGACAUUGAUGCCAAUGGCAUUUUGAAUGUCAGUGCCUCUGACAAGUCCACCGGAAAGUCGAACCAGAUUACCAUCACCAACGAAAAGGGCCGACUGUCGCAGUCAGAAAUUGACCGCAUGGUGCAGGAGGCUGAGAAGUUCCGCGCUGAGGAUGAGCAGAACAAGCAGAAGAUCGAGGCCAAGAACGGCUUGGAGAACUACUGCUUCACGAUGCGCAACACCCUCAACGAGGAGAAGCUGAAGGACAAGUUCGAGUCUGGUGACAAGGAGAAGAUCGAAUCCGCAGUGCAGGAGACACUGGACUGGUUGGACAAGAAUCAGCUCGCGGAGAAGGAUGAGUUCGAGGCCAAGCAGAAGGAGCUUGAGGGCAUCGUGAACCCCAUCAUGAUGAAGGUGUACCAGGCCGCAGGGGGCGGCGGCAUGCCAGAAGGUGGCAUGCCUGGUGGUGGCAUGGGUGGUGCUCCGGGCGGUUGCGUCGGUGUGUGGAAGAACGACGGAGUGGAGAUCAUUGCCAACGACCAGGGCAACCGAACCACUCCAUCUUAUGUGGCUUUUACAGACACCGAGCGACUUAUUGGUGAUGCCGCCAAGAAUCAGGUGGCACGCAAUCCUGAGAACACUGUCUUUGAUGCAAAGCGCUUGAUUGGCCGCAAGUUUGCGGACCCCAUCGUGCAGGAGAAGAAGUUCCACCCUGAAGAGAUCUCUUCCAUGAUUUUGUUGAAGAUGAAGGAGACCGCUGAGGCAUACUUGGGUACCAAGGUGAAUGACGCAGUGGUUACUGUGCCUGCUUACUUCAAUGAUUCUCAGCGUCAGGCCACCAAGGAUGCAGGCACCAUUUCAGGCAUGAACGUGCUGCGCAUCAUCAACGAGCCUACUGCUGCUGCCAUCGCUUAUGGCCUUGACAAGAAAGGCACCGGAGAACGAAAUGUGUUGAUCUACGACAUGGGUGGAGGCACUUUCGAUGUGUCUUUGUUGACCAUUGAGGAUGGAAUCUUUGAGGUGAAGGCCACCGCUGGUGAUACCCACUUGGGUGGUGAAGACUUCGACAACCGAGUUGUGGAUUUCUGCAUGCAGGACUUCAAGCGAAAGAAUCGUGGCAAGGACAUGACAGGCAACCAGCGUGCCAUCCGACGCUUGCGCACUCAGUGCGAGCGCGCCAAGCGCACUUUGUCUUCUUCCACACAGGCAACCAUUGAAAUCGAUUCCUUGUUCGAGGGCAUCGAUUACUCGUGCAGCUUGUCCAGGGCACGAUUUGAGGAGCUGUGCAUGGACUACUUCCGCAACUCCAUGGGUCCUGUGGAGAAGUGCUUGAAGGAUUCUGGCAUCGACAAGAAGAGUGUCCAUGAUGUGGUUCUGGUGGGUGGUUCCACCCGUAUUCCCAAGGUGCAGUCUAUGAUCCAGGAGUUCUUCAAUGGCAAAGAGCCCAACAAGUCCAUCAACCCAGAUGAGGCCGUGGCUUAUGGUGCCGCUGUGCAGGCUGCAAUUCUCACUGGUGAGGGCUCCUCUGCAGUCCAGGAUUUGUUGCUGUUGGAUGUGACUCCCCUGUCCAUGGGCCUGGAGACUGCUGGUGGCGUGAUGACCAAGUUGAUCGAGCGCAACACCACCAUCCCAACCAAGAAGGCACAGACGUUCACUACCUAUGCGGACAACCAGCCUGGUGUCUUGAUCCAGGUCUUUGAGGGAGAGCGUGCCAUGACCAAGGACAACAACUUGCUUGGCAAGUUCCACUUGGAUGGCAUUCCCCCAGCCCCUCGUGGUGUGCCGCAGAUCGAGGUCACCUAUGACAUUGAUGCCAAUGGCAUUUUGAAUGUCAGUGCCUCUGACAAGUCCACCGGAAAGUCGAACCAGAUUACCAUCACCAACGAAAAGGGCCGACUGUCGCAGUCAGAAAUUGACCGCAUGGUGCAGGAGGCUGAGAAGUUCCGCGCUGAGGAUGAGCAGAACAAGCAGAAGAUCGAGGCCAAGAACGGCUUGGAGAACUACUGCUUCACGAUGCGCAACACCCUCAACGAGGAGAAGCUGAAGGACAAGUUCGAGUCUGGUGACAAGGAGAAGAUCGAAUCCGCAGUGCAGGAGACACUGGACUGGUUGGACAAGAAUCAGCUCGCGGAGAAGGAUGAGUUCGAGGCCAAGCAGAAGGAGCUUGAGGGCAUCGUGAACCCCAUCAUGAUGAAGGUGUACCAGGCCGCAGGGGGCGGCGGCAUGCCAGAAGGUGGCAUGCCUGGUGGUGGCAUGGGUGGUGCUCCGGGCGGUGGCGCUGGCCCAACCGUUGAGGAGGUUGACUAAGAAGGUCUGCGCCCCUGACUGCAUAUGGCCCAGAAUCUUUGUCACUCUGUCAUGGAGACAUGUACAGCUCAGGGCGUGAGUGCCUCUUCAGAGUGAUUUUGGAAUUCGACCAUUUUGGGGCUCAGCCCAUACAAACCUACAUAUGCUUUAAGCG